AUGGAGGGGGGCGAGGGGCCCCGACUCAGAGACUUCCUGAGUGGAAGCCUGGCCACCUGGGCGCUGGGGCUGGCAGGGCUGGUGGGGGAGUUGGAGGCGCCCCAGGGUGAAGAUGACGAGGAGGGGGGGCAGGAGGAAGAGGGGGAAGGGCUCCUUAGCCCUGAGAAGAGGAUCUUUCGACUCAGCGACGGCACCUUGCUCCUCAGGGUCCUGGCCAUCAUUGCCCCUAGUUCCAAAGGGGGGCCUCUGCCGGUCGGGGGCCGUGAGGAUGCCGCAGGCAGGCGCGUCCAGAACCUGAGCCAGCUGUGGGGUCGGCUGAGGGAUUUCUACCAGGAGGAACUUCAGCUGUUGAUCCUGGCACCACCUCCAGACCUCCAGACGCUAGGGGUUGACCCCCUCUCAGAGGAAGCGCUGGAGGAGCUGGGGCGUGUCCUCCGGCUGAUGCUGGGGGCAGCAGUGCAGUGUGAACACCGGGAGCUCUUCAUCCGACACAUCCAGGGGCUCAGCCUCGAGGCCCAGAGCACGCUGGCCACCACCAUCCAGGAGGUGACCCAGCCCUGGGCGGGCGUAGUGCUGGCGCUGGCUGGGCCUGAGCCUGGGGAGCUGACCCUCUCGGAGCUGGAGAUACUGUCCUGGAGCCUGAAAGGGACCCUGUCCAGACUGGCACGGGAGCGGGACAUGGGGGCCCAGGAGGAGCGGCUGCUCUUGGGGACCCUGGAGGCCUCUAAGGCCCUGCUGGAGGGGCAGCUGGAGGAUGCCCGUGAGCGCUGUGCCCGGCUGCAUGAGAGCCAGAGGGAGAAUCUAAUACUUCGGACCCGGCUGGGCGAGGCCCACGCGGAGCUGGAUUCUCUGCGGCACCAGGUGGAGCAGCUGUCAGAUGAGAACAUAGAGCUGGGGCUGGACCUUCAUCGGAGCCUGGAGCCGGCCCCCAGCUCCCCUGGGGAGGCUCCCCUGCCAGGAGUAGGCCCUUCUCUGCACGAUGAGGUGCGGGAGGCCGAGGUUGGGCGGCUGAGAACCCUGGAGCUGGAGAAUCAGGAGCUUCGAAACCUGCUGCAGGCGCUGCAGGAGCCCCCAGGCAGGCAGUGCCCUCUGCUGGAAGAGCCGAGGGAGGACGCCAUCGGUCCAGAGAUGACUGAAGACCAGGGCUCCCAGGGCCCUGGACCCUCAGCGGGCGAGGAAGGGCUGGAGAUUCCGGGGACAGCAGAUCACGUCGAGCCCCAGGGGCCAGCUGAAUGUCUUGGGGUAUCUGAGUCAGGCUUGGCUCCCCAAGAGUCAGGCCCUGCUCCGGGGACAGCGGACUCUGAGCCUCAAGGGUUAAUAGGGUGUCUUGGGGCAUCUGAGCCAGGCCCACAGGCUGUGGGGAGGCCCCUCCAGGAAGCAGCGAUGAUCCCCCAGCCCUCAGGCUCAGCCCCCCAAGAGUCAGGCCCUGUUAUGGAGACACCAGCGUCCUCGGAGCUGGCUGGCCAUGGAGUCUGUGGUGUGGCAGCGUCUCAGAGUCCAGAGAUCAAACUUCAGGCCCAUUUGCUGUCUGGAGGUGAAACUGAGGAGGGACCUGGCCCUCUAGAGCAGCCGGUGCCUGGGCCCCUGGGGCUGCGACAGGAGGGCUCUGAGCUCAAGCCAGGACCCUCGGGCCUUGGGGUACAUUUUGGGGAGCAAGGGACCCCAGACCAGGGGCUGGACCUGUCCAAUGUGCAGACAGAGGCCAGAGGCAGGGACCAGAGGCUGGAGGGGAUGGGUGAGGAAGCCACCCAGCAGAGGUCAGAGGACGCUCCUGAGACCCAGGCCCGGGAGCAGCUGGUUCCAGGGGAGGGCCUGGCCAGUGAUGUCCCAGAGCAGGGGACCCUGGAGACUCUGAGGGAGGCGGUGGCCCAGCUGAGGCGAGAGGCCAAGGCUCUCCAGGCAGAGCUGGAGGCCCAGGGCCGGAGGCUAGAGGCCCGAAGCUCGGAGGCCGCCCGCCUCUCGGAGGAGCUGGCCCAGGCGCGCAGGGCGGAGGCCGAGGCCCACCAGGAGGCCCAGGCCCAGGCCCAGGAGCAGGCCCGCCUCCGAGAGGCCUUGGAGGCAGCAGGCGGGGAGCUGGAGGCCUUGGCUCGGGAGCGAGAGGCACUGACCGAGGCGCUGGCUGCAGCAGGCCGAGAGCGGAGGCAGUGGGAGCGUGAGGGGCCCCGGCUGCGGGCCCGGGCUGAGGCCGCUGAGGACCGGCUGCAGGCGCUGGAGGGCCAGGGCCGCCGACACCUGGAGGAAGCCGAGAGGGAACUCCGGGAGAAGCGGGCCCUCAGGGAGNNGCUGGACAGGGCCGUGGUGCGGGGCCAGGAGCUGGGCGCCCGGCUGGAGUGUCUGCAGCGGGAGUUGGAACAGGCCGCUCUGGAGAGGCAGGGCUGGCUUCAGGAGCAGGAGUGCCAGCACCAGAGGUACCAGGGGCUGGAGCAGCGGCUGGAAGCGGAGCUGCAGGCAGCUGCCACCAGCAAGGAGGAGGCGCUGAUGGAGCUCAAGGCCAGGGCUCAGCAGUUGGAGCAGGAGCUCUUCCAGCUUCGCCAGGGCCCCGAGAGACAGCUGGCCAGGGAGCAGGCUGGACCUCAGACCCUGGAGACCCAGAGUAACCGGCUUAUUGAAGUGGAGCGAAGUAACGCAGCGUUGGCGGCUGAGAAGGAGGCACUUCGGGGCCAGCUCCAGCACCUGGAGGGGCAGCUGGGCAGCAUGCAGGGGCGGGCCCAGGAGCUCCUUCUGCAGAGUCAGCGUGCACAGGAGCACAGCGGGCGCCUGCAGGCUGAGAAGGCCACGCUGGAGCGGCAGGGCCAGGAGCUGCACCGGAGGCUCGGGCUGCUGGAGGAAGAGGUGCAGGCCGCCCGGCGGUCCCAGGAGGAGACGCGUGGGCAGCAGCAGGCCCUGCUGCGGGACCAUGAGGCGCUGGCCCAGCUGCAGCGGCGGCAGGAGGCUGAGCUGGAAGGGCUGCUGGCCCGGCACCGAGACCUCAAGGCCAACAUGCGGGCACUGGAGCUGGCCCACCGUGAGCUGCAGGGCCGGCACGAGCAGCUGCAGGCGCAGCGGGCCAACCUGGAGGCGCAGGAGCUGGCGCUGCUGGCCGAGCGGGAGCGCCUCAUGCAGGACGGGCACCGGCAGCGGGGCCUGGAGGAGGAGCUGCGGCGCUUGCAGAGCGAGCAUGACAGAGCCCAGCUGCUGCUGGCGGAGGUGUCGCGGGAGCGCGGGGAGCUGCAGGGCGAACGCGGGGAGCUACGGGGCCGCCUGGCCCGGCUGGAGCUGGAGCGGGCGCAGCUCGAGGCGCAGAGCCAGCGACUGCGCGAGUCCAACCAGCAGCUGGACUUGAACGCCUGCAGGCUGACCACGCAGUGUGAGCUGCUGACCCAGCUGCGGAGCGCCCAGGAGGAGGAGAACCGGCAGCUGCUGGCGGAGGUGCAAGCCCUGAGCCGGGAGAACCGGGGGCUUCUGGAACGUAGCCUAGAGAGCCGGGACCACCUGCACCGGGAGCAACGAGAGUACCUAGUCCAGCUGAAUGCCCUGCGCCGGGAGAAGCAGAAACUGGUGGAGAAGAUCAUGGAUCAGUACCGAGUGUUGGAGCCUGGGCCCCUGCCCCGGACCAAGAAGGGCAGCUGGCUGGCAGACAAGGUGAAGAGGCUGAUGCGACCCCGGCGGGAGGGGGGCCCCCACAUGGGGCCACGCCUGGGGGCCGAUGGGACUGGCAACCCCCUGAUCCUGGGGGGCCCCCUGGAGACGGAGCUCCCCGAGGGCAGGGAGGCAGACGGGACAGGACUCCCCUCCCCAGCACCCAUUCGCCGGGCACAGAGUUCCCUGUGCCUUGGGGAUGUGGCCGGUGGACAGCGCCGAAAACUCAGUUCCAGGUUCCCUAUUGGACGAAGCUCUGAGUCGUUCAGCCCAGGGGACACCCCCAGGCAGCGAUUCCGCCAGCGAAGGCCAGGCCCCCUGGGGGCACCGAGUCCCCAGGGCAAAGGACCAGGUAUGGAAUGGGAUGGCUCUGUCGAGACCCUGGCGGAGCACGAAGCCAACGUCAGCGGAGAGGGGCCUGAGGAGCCGGAACCAGAGAAACGCCCCCUCGCCGCUUCCCUCAGUCAGUGACAUGGCAUGGCUGGGGACCACUUCAGCAUUACCCUCUCGCCGCUGGAGUGUUGGUGGCACCUCCCGCCAGCCCAAG